GUUGUUGCUCAUCCGGGCGGGAUCCAUUGUCCUGGAAAUAAAGACGCAAAUCACAUCAGGGCAUCAGCAUCAGCAGCAGCAUCAUCAGCAGAGACAGAGACGGACAGAGAGACACGGGCCAGCAGCAACAGACUGGGAGACAGCUGGAGACAGACACAGCCCCAAGGGAGAGCAGCCACCACACCCCCCAUCUACACACGAGGCAGCAGCAGCAGGAGGAAGAGGUGGCGGAGGAUUAAGGGGAAAAGGAGGUUCAGGUCGAAUUGGAGAACAGCAUAAGCGGGAGGAUGUGGAGGAGGUGCAAGGCACGAGGGAAGAGUUCGAAGAGGAGCGAAUAGAGCAAGGAGGAAGAGGAGCCAGGAGACGGAGCGAUUCAAGAAAGAGUCGGUGAAUGAAUGGGGAGCGAGAUACGAAACUAGAGGUUGCAGGAGGAGGAGGAGGGGCACACAUCGUUUAGGAAGAGGUGAAGGUGGAGGGAGACAAGACGGAAGAAAAGGUAGCGGUGCGAGAGGAGCCUAAAGAAGGGGAGGAGGUGAAGGGGAUAGGCAGGAGGAAGAGAAUAGGAACGAGAAGCAGAAAGCGGAGGAAGCGCGACUCGAGCGAGGUGGAAGCGUUCGGAGGAGUGGACGGCAAGAGGAGGAAUUGGAAGAGGUAGUGGGAAGGGAGGUGGCCAAAUGUGCAGCCGAGACAAUGCUGGCAUAGAAGCUGGGGAGGAGGGCUGAGAUGAGGUGUCGUCUCAAGAAGAAGAACAAACAGGAGCCACUGUCACCCUCCACGUUCUGCUCAUCGUCGGCAUCUUCAUCAUGAGCCGGAGGGCUGCAUAGCGGGGCUGUGGCUGAAUGGGAAGCAUGGCGAACGAGCCGGUGGUGCUCAAUGUGUACGACAUGUACUGGAUGAACGAGUACACCUCCACCAUUGGCAUCGGCAUCUUUCACUCGGGCAUCCAGGUGUACGGGCGAGAGUUUGCGUACGGGGGCCACCCGUACCCGUUCAGCGGCGUGUUCGAGAUCGUCCCUGGAGACGUCGCAGAGCUGGGGGAGACGUUCAAGUUCAAGGAGGCGAUCAUGCUGGGCACCACCGACUUUGCGGAGGAGGACGUCGCCCAGAUUGUGGAGGAGCUGGGCAAGGACUUCAAAGGCAACGCCUACCACCUCAUCAACAAGAACUGCAACCACUUUACCGCCGGCCUGGCCGAGAUCCUGUGCGGCAGGGAGAUCCCGCGCUGGGUCAACCGCCUGGCGCACGUGAGCUCCUGCAUCCCCUUCCUGCGCAGCCUCCUGCCCCGCGAGUGGCUUAUGCCGGCCGCCCUGCAGAGCAGCCUCUCGCGCUCGCAGCUGUGCUCCGAGUCGAGCUCCGGCCACACGCCGCCCCCGCCGCCGGCGGCGCCGCACUCGGGGCACCACGGCGAGCCGCACGCCGGCGCCACCGCCGGCACGACCGCCGGCGCCACGGCCUUCGCGUUCCCUCCGCCGUCGGCGUCGUCGGCGUCGUCGUCGGCGGCGGCAGGCGCCGGCCACGUGCACUCGCAGGCCGGGCAUCACCACGCGCACCCAACGGGAAGCGGCAGCCAGGGAGGAUCGGGCAGCAGCCGCUCGUAUCGCCAGACAAGGGUGUAGGGUCAGGGUUUGACCUGCGUCCGGGCGGUGGAUACGGCGUUCCCUCUGCGGACGCGGCUCACUGCGAUUUAAAGCCGGACUUUGUGAGUUAUACGCCAGCUCUGCGCUGCCGUUCACAACAAAGAAGUCGGAGUCUCAACGGUCAACCGAGCAUGGGGCAGCGUGCGCCUCUGUUGGAGGUCCAGAGCCGGUGUUUGAAAAUCAGCAUCGCGACGGCGGGAGCCAGCCUCCUGCUGCGGUGUCAGCUUUGCGCGGGCACAGGGAAGAGCCCCAGCAAGAGGUCUUUGUGUCGCAGAGUCGCGACCGGAGGCAGUCGCAACGCAGUGACGAACCGAGCCCACGGAGUCAAAGCGUUCCCCGCGCAGAUGGAAGACAAAGAAGGUCUGGGCAUCAUCUUCGAUUUUCCAGUGCCAUCUGAGUUAUGGACCUCUUUCACCACUUGGGAUGUAGAGUGAUGUUUUUUUUGUUAUAUUUCCUAAAAACAGCCAUUGCCACCAAAAGAAAGCCAAUUUGUGAUCUGUUUUGCAGAGAUUACUGCAAAACCUGUGCAGUAUGCGUGCUUAUGACACCUUUUACAGGCAUGUAACGAUUAAACCCCCAACAAUGAAUUUCAAGAAAGACUCAAUUUCUAAUCAUUGUGGAGUGAAUUGGAAUCUUAAAUGCCUUCCAGAAGCACGAGUGGGUAGAAUCAGUCACAUGCAAUGUUGACGAACAGAAACGAAUCUGUUCCUACGCGCACGAUUCGACGCGCGUAUCGUCACCGAAAUUAUUUCAAUCGAUUAUACUUAAUGCAUCGUUACAUGUUUAAAAUUGGAGGAUUUAUCUACUUUUAAUACGAAUCUAUUGUGUGCAAAGCAGAGGAAUAGUAAAAACAAAAAUGCAGAGCGUUGUCUUAACUCAUACGUCAAGGGGUGGCUGGGUGGUCUGGCAGAAAUUAACCCACUCACCGCCUAAGCUGCUUCACUGCUUUUUGUGUUUCGUUUGUUGUCCUUCCCCCGCACCUUACAUAAGCACGGUCGCAUGCAUGUAUGUUGAACUUCUUUCGCACUGCACGUAGCCAACCGUGCUCAUCAGAGGUAUGUGGAAGGACAACAAACUAACACACAAAAACUGUUCUAAAGAAAAGAGUUUUCAGUCUAGAUUUCAAAGUGCACAGCUCCAGUGGCUGGCUACGUAAAGUGCAAAAGAAGUUCAACAUAUAUACAUACACACAAGCUCGACCGGUCAGAAUUCUGGACCGAGAUGCAGUGGGAACCUACAGGUACGAUGAUAAUGGCAGAACACUGCAAGGACAUCGUCCAAUUCAACAGUGACCUUAAGCUCACGUUAUUGUCUGGGUUAAACAGGGUGAUCCAUUUCAAUAUACCCAUCUGAAACAAUAGGUAGAAUUUAUACGAAGAGCAACAUUGUAAUUCAAAGCCUCCGCACGUCUCCGACAGAUCCCAGUGCGCUCUUCACAUCCUGUGACACUCCCCCGACGAACUCCGUACAACAUCUAGAAAUGAGCACAGGCCGUGGCAGACAAACCGGUGUAACACUCGCGGAUGCGCAUUGCGUGUACAAACGCCUUCAGCCCUGAUGCGAAACCACCAGUUCCAAAAGAACUGCACACGUACGGUUGUGCUCGACCACCAAUUAAAAUUCCGGCCGCAUUUCCCCCAGCGCCGUCGAGCUUGUGGGCGCAAUGCGCAUCUUCACGAGUGUUGUGAAGACACAGGUGCUGUGAUUUGCUCAACAUUUUAAUGAUGCGAAGGCCGAGGUGACACCACCGCUCACCCACACCCUCACACCCACGCAGGGGCCUUUGAUGUGAUCCCACAAGGAAACAUAAAAACCCGGUGGGGUUACGUCGGGCGAACGCGUGGGCCACCCAAUUGUUCCCACCAGGGCCAAUCCACCAGACGGACGUCUCUGAUAACCCAGAAGUUCAACGUACACACUGUGUGUGUGUGUGUCUCAGUGUCAUGGCCAAAUGUGUCUGCGAUUAACGAGCUGGUCCAGAAGAUUGCGUUCCGGGACCAUCUUCCGAACGAGCCGCGUGCAGCUCAGUGGCGCUUCACCGACCGUUUAAAUCAUGAGAUGUUUCGUUGUUUUCUUAAACUCAGACAGUAACUACCUCUAAGCAGGCAAACCCUUUCAAGUUGCCUUCCGCUGCGUGCUACGCUUCAGACUAAAACCUGCGGCACGCUCACGCAUUGGACUGGUUACGGAUGGCCAAUUGCCUUUCCAAGAUGCCAAGUUUAACUAUUUUAGCAAAAUCUUCUCGGCGUGGCUGGAGGGAAAGCAGAUUCCCCCCGUGGCAUUUUUGUUCCCUUUGUAUAUCUGCCAUCACUCAUGCGUAGAUUCUUAACGUAUUUAUCUUUACACCUUAACCCCCCCCCCCCAACCCUUUUGUGUCGUGCAACUUUGGGAGGGGGCCCAAUCCAAACUGUAAAGAGCAUUAUUGAUCGGAGGCUUUGUGAUCGAGCUCCAAAAAUAUAAUCAAAUUUUAUAUUCUCCUUUUACGGUUUUUUUUUCUUCUAAAAAAGAACCUCGCGUGGGGAUAGAAAGGAGUGGCGGCACUGAGCCAACGUGAAUUAAGUAACAGACUCUGUGUGUGCGUGCGUGUGCAGUGACUGGUGCACUGCAUUCACAUCCCAACAACUUCCCUCACCCCCUAUUCCGUUGCAGGCUGUGCGCACACCGGAGCUAAAUGCUGCCUCGCUCCCUCCUUUUGUAUAAAAGUGGACCCAAAAAUAUACAAACCAUUUGUACAACCCGGUGAACUAAAGCCGGCGACAUGGACAGUUUAUGGGAAAUGUUCAGAAUUUUUUUUACACCGCGAUUCCCUUAUAACCAGUAUCCAAAAAGAAAUAUUAUUUAACCGACUAAACACAAGUGCCACCACACUCGGUUGGAUUUACGGCGGGAGUAGUGAUGAUGAUGGUGUACAGAUCUGAACGGAACCUUCCAGGGCACUCUUCACCUUUCGAGAACCCCGUGGUAUCUGUGUGUGUCUCUUCCGCUCCCCCUCCCCCAGGAGUCCCAUGAUUGGCAGGGUCCGAAACUGGAAGCAACUUCUGAUACGAUACUCUCUCAUCUGUUGUGAUUGUUUUUUUAGUCACCGUAGAACGGUUUGCUAAAACCCUUCAUGAAGAGGUCAGGCUGCAGCAGUUGGUGGACGCACAGCGUGAAGAGCACAGACCUUUGCCUUUACACACUUAUUUAUAUAACGUCGGUUGUGUUGCUGGUUUCAAAGGCGAGCUGCGAGAUUUAAAAAAAGAGUUAGCCUGCCCAGUCUCUGACUCACACAGCUGCCUGUCCAAACGAAUGCCACAGGGUAAUGCGCAUAGAUUUGUGGCAGCUUAAGUGCAUCGAAAGCCAUAACUUACCUUCAGGCAGUCUUGGAUUCGAGGCCCAAAUGAGGCGAUAGCAUUUAAUGUGAACGAUGAAAGCCAAAAGGCCAAGGCCGAAAGCCACAAAAUCGAGACUGGCAUAGCUACAAUGUCAAGCCCAGGCCGAUGCCGGGAGUUGUUUAGGUCAAGGCCAGUGUCACGGCGGGCUCGUCUCGGCUGAGGCCAGCGUAAAGGAUGCAGCCUCUUAGACAAAGUCCUUGCACCGAGGCCACACCGUGACACCGCUGAGAGAAUAGCCGCGGGCCUGCAUUGAGGCUGAGGGCUCGUCUCGAGGAUCCAAGGCUGCCUAAAAGUGGAUUCCAUCUCUUUAAAAGUCAUUCGGCAUCGACCUAAAAUAGCGGUGACGAGAUACACAAAUAUUAGACCAGCAGGACUGCUUUCUACUUGUGACCACAUUUUGAAAAAUAUUGGUGGCAAUUUUUGUCGUAUAAUUGUUUUGCUUUCAUUUCUUUUACAAAUGACAUCCAGCAGAUACUUGUUGAUACUGACACAGCUAACAUGGAUGGCUUUUCGAAAUCCAUCAUUUGGAACACGAAUGCAAAUGCGUCGAAAUAAUAUUUUUCAACAAAGAUGCCUUCACUGCACGUGCUCCAUUCCACUGAGAAUACUUGAGAUGUCCUCAGGCACGUGCUCCUGUCCGCCCUAUUAGUCGACUCAAUAAUAAGGCAUUUACAGCCUUAGCCUUGUAUGAAUCCAGGUCGGAGUGUACGGCGAGGAGUGGUUAUUGAAUUGUCGUGUGAGCCUCUCACUGAGGACGGCGAAACUACCUUACGGCAGAGGUGGGACAAAGUCAUUGUUAUGCAAGUCCAAGUCGAGUCUGAAGUCAUCAAAUUCAUGACUCGAGUCUGACUCGAGUCCAAGUCACAUGACUCGAGUCCACACCUCAGAGGUGGAACAAAGUCAUUGUUAUGCAAGUCCAAGUCGAGUCUGAAGUCAUCAAAUUCAUGACUCGAGUCUGACUCGAGUCCAAGUCACAUGACUCGAGUCCACACCUCUGCCUUACGGCAUUCUGCAUGGCGGACAGCGCCAGAACAUUCUAGCUAGUCCAGCUCCAUCCUGCAUGGCCCGUGAGAUGAACGACGGUCUGUUGUUGUGGGUAAUCGGUGCGUGCAAACUUUUGGUCACUCAGAACAGACCAUGGAACGUAUAACGUCUCAAUAGCUGAUCCACAAGUACUAAGAAGGCAUCAUCGGUGCGAUAGGAAACGCCUCUCCACUUCACCCGACGCAAUUGUCUGGCUCCCAUCACCUCAAUGUCAAAUUGACAGCUGUUGCCCUUCACAAUACAUCAGCGGCAUGCAGAAGAAGCAGCGGGGCAAGCGUUACCCCACCACUCCAAUCCCUGGAUUCUGCCUAAUUCACUCUUCCGUUGUCUUAAGGGUAUCCAGUCCUAAUUAGUCUGUGCCAGCAAAAGUCAACAACUGUUCUUUGUGUGUCGUUUGGUUUAUGUGUAAGCCCUGUCAAAAAAAGAACAUGCGCUUAAAAGAAACAAGUUGCAGUUUCUAGUGCAGUCAACCUAUGAAACCAGGUCAGUGUGACUCAGCAAUAAGUUUAAUUUAUGUUGUACAAAUAGCUUUCGAAUGUGUUAAUAUCUUUUGUGUGUGCUGCACGGGUUUGUGUUGGUACGCAUCUUGUGCAAUGUAUCAUUUCACGUCGAGCUGCAUUUUGAAAUCGGAAUACACUUCAAGAGUUAACAAAUGAGACAAUGAAUCUCCCAACUUCAACAAGUUAUGCAUCAACGAAUUAAUAAAAGUAAAACAAUUUAGCAAUCGAUUGGUAUGAAGCGCAAACUUGUUUAAAAGCGAAGUGCAAGGUGAAAUACUGUGAGCUUAAACAUUCUAAAUACAAUUAUUUGGGUCUUUCGGUAAAGUCACGUAAAUAGGUUAAAAUAAAAAAAAAUAAAAGAAACAAAAAACUACAAAGUUUCGAAAUAAACAAUCGUCAUCCUGAUGACGAUCGCUUGUGUUGUGAUCGAAACGUAGUUUUUUGUUUAACUUUUACUAAUUUGAAGCUAUUUACGUGACUUUACCGAAAUACCCAAAUAAUAUGAAUUCCUGCAGUCACGAAAGCUUUAAGAUUCUAAAUAUAUGUUUUUAUUAGCAGUAAACACAUGAUUAAAAUUACAAUGUUUUGAUGCUUUAAUUGUUGAAGUCAUCACAAUAUUCCUGUCGAAGUCAAAUCUGUUCACCUAUGGCAAACCAUUUUAUUAUUUCCGUGCAAAACUCAAAUGUACAUAAACACACCAUGAAUUUUCAUUUUAAAACAAUAUACAUUCAUGAAAGAAAGGGAAAAAAAAAUUUCUUUAAAAAAAUAAUUGAUGGUCAACAACAGUAAACGAAUCACUCUACAAAACCGAUGGCCGGUCAUGGUGUAACGGAUAUUAAGAUUGCAUUACAAGCAGCAAUUUUACAAUUUUUUUUAUGGAAUCUAACAUAAUUACACUUGUAUGAAAUAUUUACCAGUAGCUUAAUGUAGCUAUAGCCCUAAGAGGGGAAUCCACAACGGCACUGUUUUCCCAUUGUUCAUUUAUAGCCAGCUGAUUGCAUUGACCCCAGAUUGAAAAUAUUUCGCCAUCUCCAUCAUCAUCAUCGUCAUUGUCGUCAUGAAAUCACCACAAUCACGGCUGAAAGGUGUCCUGAAAGAGGCGGUAUCUCAAAUAGGUUGCUGACCUCUUCAUGGAGAUUCAUUGUUGAACGUUACCCUCGCACGGGGCUUCUUCCAAGUUGCCCCUCUUCGUCGAACAACGAUGCUCAAUGAUAAACCGAUGCCCAAUGAUACAUUGGCUAACCAUUUCCGAAUAGGGCCCUUUAAGAAAAAAAAUGAUAUUAAACAUUUCACAGAGUUUCCUGGAUACAUAAUUAAUGAAAAAUAUAUAAUCAGGAUAAUCAGGAUAAUCGGUUUGGGCAAAAGAGAGCACCAAGGGAAGUCAGAUUGCCACGUGAGACAUUUUCAAUGUGUGGUGGUGGUGAGAAUGUCAAACAAUGAUAGAAAUAUCUUACCAGUAGCAGAUAUAUAACCAUUAAAACGAUAAUAAAAAUAUAUUGCAUCAAUUACCAACAUACAUUCAUCACAAUAUCCUCAAACGAAGCAGUGUUAGAUGCAUUGCAGAUGUAAUCGUUAAGAGGAUGCUGUGGUGAGUGAUGCACAUGCACAGAUGGUUGAGGGCAGGUUACCAAGGCGGAGGUCAGCAACAAAGGGAAAGUUCUAAUUCCAGAUGGUGGGAUACUCUUUAAGUGCACACUUUGGAGAUCGGGUGUCAACUAUUCAACAGCUUCCAGAUCUAGUAGAAGGAAGCGAUAACAAGGUGUGUUGGCAUAAAUGGCAUGGGCUGGAACGACCUCCCGAUGGUGACUUUUAUUGAGCGGCGUUUGUUGACCGGCGAUGGUGGUGAAGUAUUUUCAAACCUUGCAACUCACUACCAGUGCAGUGCCUGCAAUCUUACGUGCGGCUACCAUAGGCGACGGUGGCGGAACUUCCCCGUGCCGUGAGGACGCAGGGCGCCCUCGCCUGCUGGAGGCGUCACAGGAACUCUGCGUGCGUGGAUCGGAGCCGCCACCCCGAGCUCAUGCAGCACCGUGUGUGCACGUCACGCGGUCUUCGAGCCAGGCGGUCCUCUGCGCAUUCGGGUGAGACGUGCAUACUUAGUGGGGUUGGUGCAAAACCUUUCGUACUUGUACAAUAAAGCAAACUCUUACUCUGA